AUGGCUGCCUCUAAAGCCCCUUACAUAACACUUGACGUUUUCACUCUUACACGGUUCAAGGGGAAUCCCCUAGCAGUCGUUGGAGUUGAAGGUGAAGCGUUGUCUUAUGGGCACAUGCUGACAAUUGCACGCGAGUUCAACUACUCCGAGACGGUUUUUAUACGCCAGAGCCAAGAUGGUGAACUCAGCAUUAACAUCUUCACGCCAGCCGGCGAGAUAGACUUUGCAGGACACCCUGUUAUUGGGACAGGCUAUAUGUUAUUUCACCAGCUGUUGCCAGGAAUUUCUCUACCAGACCCCCUACCCGAAACUAUUUCUGUCUCGGCCAAUGCUGGGCCGAUUCUUCUUCGUCAUAAUUACGAGACCGGCACUGUUCUUGCAGAAGUGCCUCACAACGUGCACAUUCAGUCCAGUGGUACACCCAAGCAAAACAUUCUCGAUACACAGCCAAGCUUGGUUGAUCAAGCGUCAAGGCUGAGUCAGGAAUAUCCUGCCGUUUCAAUUGUCAAGGGUGUAACGUAUACCCUCGUUGAUAUGUCGGAUCAAGAGGAUCUUUUUAUUCGUGUCGCUGCUGGGAAAAGCCCGGUCACAGAACUUGACGACGGAUGGGCUCCUUCGUUCACUGGCACCAUGUACUAUCGUCGUGGAGUGGUCUCUCUGGACAACGGUGUCAGGGUGGAAAAUCUGCGUGUGCGCAUGAUAGGGAUCGGUUUGGAAGAUCCGGCGACCGGAAGUGCAUGCUGCUCUCUUGCGGCAUAUCUUGCUCUACAGCAGCAAGAGCCGAAUGGCACUUAUCGUUUCUGUAUGGAACAAGGCCGCGAAAUGGGCCGCAAAAGCAAUAUUAUUGUGGAUGUUAUCUUGGAUGGAUCAGGUAACACCGUUUUGUCUAUGUUUCUCUCAGGGCUGGCGACUUUGGUAGCUGAAGGCACCAUUCGUCUACCUUGA